AUGUAGACCCCCUACAUCGAGAUCGAAUUUCGCGACGCGCCGAAGAAGCGCAUCAAGCGGAACCUUUCGCUGGACUGCGACGAGAACGACAACGAAACCCGCUGCUGCCGCUACCCGCUGACGGUGGACUUUGAAAAGUUCGGCUGGGACUGGAUCAUCGCUCCGAAGCGCUACGAGGCGUCCUACUGUGCCGGCGAGUGUAUGCUGAGCUUCCUGCCCAAGUACGAGCACACCCACGUGAUGCAGCUGAGCACUUCGGCCAUUCCGUGCUGCUCGCCGAAGAAGAUGAGCCCGAUCAAGCUGCUGUACUUUGAUUUGAGCUAUCGCGUCAUCUACAGCACCAUUCCGAACAUGAUCGUCGAGAAGUGUAGUUGUUCCUAGGAUGGCGGCGACGGGUGAGACCAUCGGAAUGAGGAAGUGAGAUUUUUUUUUGUGUUUAAUUGUUUGAUCAACUAUAAGAGACAACAUUACAAACUAAGAGCAACAAUUUAUGAGUCUGAUUUGGGAUCUUUUAAUCGAAAACAAGCGGAAAUUUUAAUUGAUCACAUAGGUUGUAGACAAGGAAUAAAAAAGAAAAACUUGAAAUUAUCCAAAACAAGGACGACGGGUGAUACGCGAAAUUUUGCUUUCAAACGGAUGGAAAACAUCUAGUGGCAUUUAGGCUGACUCGACUUAAAAAUCAUAUCUCGGUUGCAUGCUCCCCUAGGUCUAUCUUUUCAUCAUUAUUAUUACUAAUAGUUCAUUCGUAAGGUUUGAUAUGGAUCCCCGUAUGUGGAAGUGGCAAUACUUGUGAUAUUCGUUCUCUUUCUAAAACAAAAAGCGGAAAAGUGACCAAAUCUUAAUUUCAUGUUACAACCUUUGGCAAUGCUUGAAAAAAAAUGGAAACAAUAGUAACUGGUGUUACGUUAUAAUUAGAUAAACAAACAGUUAGCACUGUAAAAGAAACAAACAAUUGUAGAGAGCACAACAAUACAAAACAAUCAGUACAGUGAAGCAGACAACACAACAACCUGUUAGGUAUUAAACGCAUUAACUGUGAACGCGACGAUAUGAUGCAAAAAUUUGGAAUCUGUGUGUUCAAAAUUGUACAUAAUGAACAGGUUUAAUGAAAACAUCGCGCUAUUUUAUUAAUGUUAUUAUAAAUUAUCAGGCAACAGAACAAUAACAGCGUUAGUCACUAGAAGUAGACGGAUCUAGCUAAAUAAAGUAUCUAAUUCACAGAAAA